AUGUCUCUAGCAGCGACCAAGGACAUGUGUUUUGCAGCCUUCCAAAGCCUUGAUGACAAGGUCCAUGGCCGCGCCCCCAGAGCUGUGAAUCAUCUGAUACCGGACGUUGAGUGUCCGCUCUUUGUAACAUGGCACACGGCUUUGCGCACAGGAGACCCAGAUCUCAGGGGGUGCAUCGGCUGUCUUACCCCGUUGAAGAUUCAGCAAGGAAUUCCUAAGUAUGCAUGCGUGGCUGCUUUGGAGGAUACACGAUUUUCUCCUGUGACAGCAGGGGAAUUUGACAAAGGUGAUCUACUUGUGGAUGUCUCCCUUUUAGUCCGCUUUACCCCUUGCGACCCUCUGGAUUGGGUGGUGGGGAAGCACGGGAUAACAAUUAUCUACGAGGGACGCUCCUCUGUCUUCCUUCCGUGCGUUGCUGAGGAGCAAGGAUGGGAUCAGUCUACAACCUUGCUGCAUCUUCUCCAUAAGGGAGGGUCUUAUGUCAGAGACGUAACGGCUGAUGUACUAAAGAGGAUAACAUGCACGCGCUUCGAAUCCAGCGUUGAGCAUAUGACCUUUACUGAGUAUAAACAAAGACUAUCUUCCCAAGCAUAG